AUGGGCCGUUUCGGGUCACAGACCAGUACCUAUAAUAGGCUGGUGACCAUCUUUGUCGCCAUUGGGUCAAUGACCUAUGGUUACUGUGCUUCCAUCAUCUCUAGCACUAUCGGCCAGCCAGGAUGGUAUACUUACUUCAAGCUUCCCGCUGAGGGUGAGCCUGGCUAUGACAGUAUCACAACCCCCGCCAUCUCGACCGCCAACGGUGUGUUCAGCGCCGGUGGUGCCGUUGGUACUCUGUUUAUGAUGUGGUCUUGCGAACAAUUUGGUCGCAAGGCCAACAUUCAACUGGGUGCUUUCUUCACCAUGUUUGGCGGCGCCCUUCAGGGCGGGGCUAACUCUCUCGCAAUGUUUCAAGGUGGUCGCUUCGUUUGCGGUCUUGGAAUCGGUGUCCUGGUCACAGUCUGCCCUAUGUACCUAUCUGAGAUGUCGAGUGCCCUCCGUCGCGGCUGGCUCGUCGGGCACCAUGCCAUCUUUCUUGUCUUCGGAUACAUGCUUGCUGCAUGGGUGGGUUUUGCCUGCUACUACGCAGAGAGUUCCAUCCCCUCUUUUGGCUGGCGAUUACCACUAGCUCUUCAAUGUCUUCCUCCCUUGGUCUUGUUCAUCGGGUCUCCUUGGCUUCCUCGUUCUCCACGUUGGCUGAUUUCCAAGGGCAAAUUUGACGAAGCCGAGCGUGUUCUUCUGCGUCUUCGGGAAUCUCCAGAUGACCCCGACAAUCUGGUUGCGAAAGAGGAGUUCUACCAGACAAAAGAGCAGAUUCGACUAGAGGCGAAGAGAUUAUCCGAGUAUGGUAAUGUUUGGAAUGCAGUGAUCAAGAAGAAAUCGUAUCGCAAGCGCAUGGCUAUUGGCUUCCUUACCCAAUGGGGUGCUGAAUUUGGCGGACCUUUGAUCAUUAACAACUAUGCCGUCCUUUUGUACACAAAUCUCGGAGAGAAAGGUAGUAUGCCUCUCUUGCUGAGUGCCAUCUGGUUGACCACUGCUGGUCUGAUCUACAACCCUCUGGGUGCCUGGCUGCACGAUAGAGUCAACUCCCGGCGCGGGAUGUAUAUGACUGGGUUUGUGGGUAUCAUUUGCACUACCUCUUGUCUCGCUGCGAUGACUGCUCAAUACGCCGGUACUACCAACAAGGUCGGCAAUGGGUUUGGUAUUCUGUUCAUGUAUCUGUAUCUGGCCUUCCAGGGCACUUGCUGUGAUACUACCAUGUACCUUUAUGUCUCAGAGAUUUUCCCAACUGAGAUUCGUCCCAUCGGUAUGGGCUUUUCGUUGUUCGGUCAAUUUGCUGCGACGUUGAUUCUCCUGGAGACCGCCCCGAUGGGCUUCAACAACGCUGGUUGGAAGUACUACCUUGUCAUCAUCUGCUGGUCUGCGUUUUUCAUCCCGAUCAUCUACUUUUUCUUCCCCGAGACCGCUGGCCUCACCCUCGAGGAAAUCGCCAAGAACUUUGGCGAAGAGGUUGCCGUCAACCUUACCGACGCGACCGAUGAAGAAAAAGCUCAGCUCGAUCAUCAAAUCGCUCAGAAUGAUGGCAAGCUCCCACAUCAAUACGACAGUCGUGAACCUUCAAAGGAUGUUGAGAAGGACGCCACUGUACAACCAUCCCCAGUGGACAGCUCUGAGCAAGACAUCCCGGAUAAGCAUGCGUGA